AUGUACAAUGAUGUCCAAAUACUCGUUGCUCCAAAUGAUUUGGAUUUGUUUAAAGAAAGGUUACGACAUUUCCAAAUGAAUGGGGUGAUACUGACUAGUGAUAUACAAAAGUUUUUUGAUCAUCAAAAAAUUCGUAGUUAUACACGCAUGCAGAUAGAUACAUUUGCUUGGGACGCUUAUCACAAUUUAGAAGGGGUCUAUCAAUGGAUGACAGAUAUUACAUCAAAAUAUUAUGAAAAAGUAACAUUAAAGACUGUUGGGAAAUCAGCUGAAGGCAGAGAAAUAUUAGCGAUUGAAAUCAGAAAUCCGAGAGCCAAAUCAAAAGUUAUAGUUGAAGGUGCUAUCCAUGGUAACGAAUGGAUAACAACUGAGUUUGUCACUUAUCUUGCGUACAAACUUAUACACGCCGACAAAACACUUAACUCGCGGUUGAAACAAGUCGCAAAGAGAUAUCACUGGUUUCUGAUACCCGUUGCAAACCCUGAUGGUUAUAACUAUAGCAUGACAGUUGAUCGUCUGUGGCGUAAAAAUAGAAGAGAUCUCGGCAACGGAACGUUUGGUGUCGAUUUAAAUAGAAAUUUCGACUACAAUUUUUGCAAUCACGGCGGAAGUAAUAAUCCUAACAAUGAAUAUUAUUGUGGACCGGAACCUUUUUCUGAACCUGAAAGCCGAGCUCUGUCUUAUUUUAUAGACAACAAUAAAGCGAACCUGAACUAUUAUUUUGCUUUCCAUUCAUACGGACAGAAGAUUAUUAUACCAUAUUCUGAUAGAGUGAAGCAUAUAGAAAAUUUUUCGGAAAUGGAAAAUUAUGGGAAACAAGCUAUAUUGAAAAUGUAUAAAUUGAAUGGCGUCAAAUACGGCGUUGGAACUAUUUACGACACGUACGGAUAUAAAACAUCUGGGGACAGCAUAUCGUGGGUGAAGAAAACAUAUCAAGUCAAAUACUCUGUGGCGUUCAUCCUCCGUGACAAUGGUACAUACGGGUAUGCGCUACCACAAGAGAAAAUUCAGCCGACUUGCAGGGAAAUGCUCAUUGGAUUAGUGGAGUUAAUGACGGUUUUCAAAUCGACUAUGAAAUUGAUAACGGUUUACGUUUUCUUAAUAUUCAUUAGCCUGUGUUGGUCAAAGAAAUACUACAAUCACUCAUUAUAUAGGGGUAUACCAGUGACGGAAAAUCAUUUAGAUUUCUUCAAUAAUAUAAGUAAAAAUUAUGAUGUUUACUUUUGGAGAUUACCAGGUCUCGUGUACAGACCUGUAGAAUUCUUAGUACCUCCAGAAAAGAAGGCACAAUUCAUCAAAGAAGCUGCAAUCAAGGGAAUUUAUUUGACAACCCUCAUAGAAGAUAUCCAAAGCGCAUUCGAUAUGCAAACUGUUAAAACGUAUAUAAGACGUAACAUGGACUCAUUCGACUGGUCCAGCUAUUUCCGAUUGGAUGAUAUUUAUAAUUGGAUGCAGGAUCUAAAUAAACUUCAUCCGAAAUCAAUGCAAUUGAUUAAUAUAGGGGAAACGAAGGAGAAACGUGAUAUUCUAGUAGCUCGGGUUGUACUGGAUAAAAAGCCAAACAAACCGAAGGUAAUCGUCGAAGGCGGUAUCCAUGCCAGAGAAUGGAUUUCUAUAGCCUUCGUCACGUAUUUCCUGAAUCAAAUCGUGACAGCUAAAGAAUCUAAGGAUAUGGCUUUGACGAAAAUAGCUGAAACAUACGAAUGGUACUUUGUACCGGUGCUGAAUCCUGAUGGAUAUGAAUACACACAUCUUCAGGACCGGAUGCAUCGAAAGAAUACAAACGAUGUUGAUAUUAACAGAAAUUUUGGUAUUGCAUUUGGAACUGUUGGGGUGAGCAAAAAUAAGAGUAGCGAUGUAUAUUGCGGGCCGAUUGCAUUUUCUGAGGCUGAGAGUGUUGCUAUGGGUAAUUUCGUUAGAGAAAACAGUAAAAACCUUCAAUAUUAUCUGGCGUUUCAUUCGUAUGGUCAGUACAUGAUUAUACCUUAUGCUUUCUCAAUGAAACAUCAUGAAAACUUUGAUGUAGUUAGAUAUAUGGGACAGCUUGCUGCUAAUAGUUUAUCUGAAAGAUACGGAACGCAUUAUUCUGUUGGGACGGCUUAUGACACAGUUGGUUAUAUAACUUCGGGCGUAAGCGGAUGUUGGGUGAAAAAAUCGUUUAAAGUUCCAUACAGCAUAAUUCUUGCCAACAGACGAGUGCCACUUCUGAUCCACUACACUAUUCUUUGUUCCACUCAAAACGCGUACAAUGACGUUUAA